AACCUUUUACUCCCUUUCGGCGUUUCCCUCGCAUAAAAACCUCUCUCGAGUGUUCUGAACUCGUCUUCCCUCUUCCUCACACACUCAACAGUUUCAAACAGAUCUCAACAUCACCAUGCAAGCCCCAGUACUCGUCCUGAAAGAUUCAUUGAAGCGUGAGUCUGGGACUAAGGUGCACCAUGGUAAUAUCCAGGCAUCAAAGGCUGUUGCUGACAUAAUCCGUACAACUUUGGGUCCUCGAUCGAUGCUCAAGAUGCUACUUGAUGCUGGUGGAGGAAUUGUGGUGACUAAUGAUGGAAAUGCCAUUCUGCGUGAAUUAGAUAUUGCACACCCAGCAGCAAAGUCAAUGAUUGAACUAAGUCGCACACAAGAUGAAGAAGUAGGUGAUGGAACUACAUCUGUCAUUGUCCUUGCUGGUGAGAUGCUCCAUGUUGCAGAAGCAUUUAUUGACAAGCAUUAUCAUCCUACUGUCAUUUGCCGAGCAUACAACAAAGCUCUGGAGGAUGCUAUUGCGGUUCUUGACAAAAUAGCAAUGACCAUUGAUGUGAAGGAUCGUGCAACAAUGUUGGGGCUGGUCAAAAGUUGUAUCGGUACAAAGUUCACUAGUCAAUUUGGGGAUUUAAUUGCUGAUUUAGCACUUGAUGCUACCACAAUAGUAGGGGUGGACCUUGGCCAGGGUCUGCGGGAAGUGGAUAUUAAAAAGUACAUAAAGGUUGAGAAGGUUCCUGGUGGCCAGUUGGAAGAUUCAGUGGUUCUCAAAGGAGUUAUGAUUAACAAAGAUGUUAUUGCACCUGGAAAAAUGAGAAGAAAGAUUGUCAACCCACGCAUCAUUCUUCUUGAUUGUCCUCUUGAAUAUAAGAAAGGCGAGAACCAAACAAAUGCUGAGUUGCUUAAAGAAGAAGAUUGGGCAGUCCUGCUAAAAUUGGAAGAAGAAUACAUCGAGAGCCUAUGCGUGCAAAUAUUGAAGUUUAAACCAGAUGUGGUUAUCACAGAAAAGGGGCUUAGUGACUUGGCAUGCCAUUAUUUUAGCAAGGCCGGUGUCAGUGCAAUCAGGAGGUUGCGGAAAACAGAUAAUAACCGAAUUGCCAAGGCUUGUGGAGCUGUAAUCGUUAACAGACCAGAUGAAUUGCAAGAGUCUGAUGUUGGUACUGGCGCUGGGCUAUUUGAGGUUAAGAAAAUUGGUGAUGAGUUUUUUGCAUUCAUUGUUGAUUGCAAAGAGCCCAAAGCAUGUACUGUACUCUUGAGAGGUCCUAGUAAGGAUCUCUUAAAUGAAGUGGAAAGGAAUUUGCAGGAUGCUAUGUCUGUAGCAAGAAACAUCCUCAAGAAUCCGAAACUUGUUCCUGGUGGUGGUGCUACAGAGUUAACUGUAUCUGCUACAUUGAAGCAAAAGAGUUCAUCUGUAGAAGGUAUAGAAAAGUGGCCAUAUGAAGCUGCUGCUAUAGCUUUUGAGGCUAUACCACGUACUUUGGCUCAGAAUUGCGGGGUGAAUGUGAUUAGAACAAUGACAGCAUUGCAGGGAAAGCAUGCAAAUGGUGAAAAUGCAUGGAUUGGCAUUGAUGGUAACACUGGUGCAAUAACUGAUGUGAAAGAGAAAAAGAUAUGGGAUGCCUAUAACGUGAAGGCCCAGACUUUUAAAACUGCCAUAGAAGCUGCUUGCCUACUUCUCAGAAUCGAUGACAUUGUGAGUGGGAUCAAGAAGAAGCAGCCUCCUGGUGCCAAAGCUCCUUCGAAGCCUCAAGUUGAGACGGAAGGCGAUGCAGAUAAUGAGCAAAUAAUUCCCGAGUGAUUAUCGAGAGCGCGUGGUUUUCUCAGUUUGAAUGAAGUUUUGCUUUAAAGAAAGAAAAGAAAGGAGCAUUAUAAGUUUGAUGAGGAUAUUUUGUAGGUUUGUAAUGUCACCUAAACUUUGUAGUGUGUGUUUUGUCUCUCUUCUUUCUUUCUCAAUCCAGGAAGGGUGGGAAAGAAGAGGAGUCUUCUUAUUGGAGAAUGCUAAUGUUAGUUUGCCAUGUCAUCUGUGUAUCGAACACAAUUUAUUUGUUAACUCCUUGGAUUGGCACAAUGACGCUUAUUUCUACCA